AUGGCGAAAACCAUCGACGCGCCACCUACCCAGGAUUAUCCUCCUGAAAUCACAGGCUACGCAGACCCAUGGAUAGCGUCGCCAGGUGAAAUGAUAUCGAUCAAGGUAUCAUGUACCGAACCAGAAUAUACGUACAAGACGGUAAGGGUGAUACAAGGAGUCGACAUCCCACACUCUCCCAAAAAGGAGGUCGAGGAAAUCACCUCAAUACCUUCUGGGACUGCAAGAGGCCGGUACCAAGUUGUGAGGAUCGGCUCUUAUGCCAGGACAGACGAAUGGGGCCUAGCAUCAUCAUCAUCAUGGCAAUCGAUCUCCAACGGGAUCAAAGUGUCAUUGUACUUUCAAGCACACCUCCCUCGAGCAGGGCACACCCAAACAAUAAUCUCCACGCUCGACGUGAACUCCAAGAGUGGAUUCGCCGUCGUCGUGACCACCGACGGGGAAAUCGCGGUGUGGCUAGGCACCGGGCCGGACGACGCCGCCGCCGUCGAAGUCAUCCAGACAAACUUCAAGCCCGUCACAAAACGAUGGGUAACCCUCGAGUUGACCUUGAAAGACACGAAUGUUUCGGUCUCAUUACUGCCGAUUCCGUACUUGGCUGAAAAGGCGGGUCCGGCAGUACAUGUCGAACACAAACUCUCGGCCGGCGUCAGAUUGAUGCCUUCUUCUUCUACGGAGAAGAACAGCAACAUUCUUCUCCUGGCGGGCAGCUUUGCGGAAAGUCCCACGACGCCUACUUUCCCCCUUGUCACUAACUUCUUCAACGGUCGUAUCGACAGCCCGACCAUCAAAACUCUCUGUCCCAAAUCCGAAAUUCUGGUGAAGUACGAUUUCGGACGCAACAUUUCCGAGGACACCAUCAUCGACGCGUCCGGCAACGGACACGACGGCGUACUCGUCAACGCCCCCACGAGGGCCGUGGCGGGAUUCGACUGGGACGGCAGCGAGGUCGACUGGACAAAAGCCAAGUACGGGUACGGCGCGAUCCAUUUUCACGAAGACGACCUGGACGACGCGGCUUGGGAGACGGACUUCACCAUCACACUCCCCCACGACGCUCGGUCGGGCAUCUACGCGGUCGAGACGACGUCGACCAACGGCAAGACCUCGGACAUGAUUACGUUCAUCGUCCGACCGACGAAGCAGACCACAACCAAAACCGGCGCGAAAGUUGCUCUGGUCCUCUCGACCUUCACGUACCUGGCUUACGCCAACGAGAAACUGGCCGACCAGGGCCGUUCCUCGUGCGUCGAGAUAGGGCCAAAGUUCGACAUCGAGCAGACCGUCCGGACGGAGGAUUUCUACCGCAUCCACCGACGCCUGGACUGUGGCUUGUCCAACUACGACGUGCACAACGACGACUCCGGGGUGGUGUUUUCGACGGCCAAGAGGCCCAUCAUGAACCUGCGACCGGGGUACGUCAUGUGGGCCUUCAGUCGACCCCGCGAGCUCAGCGCGGACUCGAUGAUGAUAGGUUAUCUGGAGCGUGAGAAGAUCCCCUACGAUGUCCUCACGGAUCACGACCUGCACUUGAACGGCGGCGCCGCGAUGCUGGCCCCGUACAACACCGUCAUGACGGGUUGCCAUCCAGAGUACCCCACCAUCCAGUCGUAUAACGCGUACGAGCAUUACGCCCGACGGGGGGGGAACCUGAUGUACCUGGGUGGUAACGGGUUUUACUGGGUGUCGGCGGUCGACCCGAAGAGACCUUGGCGCCUGGAGGUGAGGCGGGGUGAUCAGGGAGUACGGACCUAUACCCUGCCCGGUGGUGAGAGGUUCAUGAGCACCAACGGUACGCAGGGAGGACUGUGGCGGACACGGGGGAGGUCUUCCCACGGUCUCUUUGGGAUCUCUUUCAACGGAGAAGGUACGGGGCCCGGCGUGCCGUACAAACGGACAGCCGAAGGUCGAGAUGAAGCUCUAAAGUGGAUGUUUGAGGGUGUUCCCUGUGGCGACGACGGAGAGCUGUUGAUAGGAGAGUACGGACUCGGCGGUGGUGCCAGUGGAGACGAGAUCGACAGUUUCGACUUGGCUUGUGGGAGUCCAACCAACGCCGUUGUGGUUGCUUCCAGCACGGGACACUCCGACGAGUUUGGCAUCGCCCCGGAGUGUACGGGGUUCCCCAUCGUCAAUACCCUGGGAUCACAGACCAAAGAAAUCAGGUCGGACAUGGUGCAUUAUGACACUCAGGCCGGAGGGGCGGUGUUUUCGGUGGGAAGUAUCAACUGGUUCUGUAGCUUGGGUUGGGAUGAUUAUCAAAACAAUGUGGCCAAAGUGACGGGAAAUGUCAUUAGAGAAUUUUUGAAAAGGGGCGGAAAAGAAGAAGAGAUGAAUCUAAGCCGGGACGGAAUCUGAAAACGAGGCAU